AUGGAUAUGUUCUAUGUUAAACGCUUAAGUGAAAAGUCAACAUUACCUGUACGUGGCUCUAGUCAAGCUGCUGGUUAUGACUUAUACAGUGCUCGAGAUAUCAUUAUUCCUGCUAAAGGAAAAGCUUUAAUACCUACAGACUUGGCUGUAUCAAUUCCAUCAGGAACUUAUGGUCGUGUUGCACCAAGAAGUGGGCUUGCAUUAAAUCAUUUUCUUGAUUGUGGAGCUGGUGUAAUUGAUCCUGAUUAUCGUGGACCACUUGGUGUUCUUUUAUUUAAUUUUAGUGAUAAUGACUAUAAAGAAUGUAUUUCUACACCUAAAGUUGUUGAAGUGGAAGAUUUAGAAGUGACUAAUCGUGGUGAAAGUGGAUUUGGUUCAACUGGUCUUAGAUAA